AGGGCGAUUGAUGAGGGAUGAGGGCAACUUUGUGCCGAGGGUCGGAAUACACACACUACUAGUAGGGAGUAGCACUCGUACUGCCAGUAUCUGGUUUACCCGCCGAAAACGUCGAUCCUCGGAUGAUCGUUGACCCGGCGCGCCAUCCCCGCUUUGGGACAGGGUUAUCAAUCAAUACCACCAACACCAACACCGGCUGCUUUUUCCCUCCCUCCAGCCAUUGUCUGCUCUUGGUCUGCUUGGUCUUUGUUGCCGUUGCUUCUGCGUUCUCCCCGGAAUCCUUCAGUAUCACCCGCCCCUCAUGGCCGUUCCUGUCCAGGUAUGCAUUCUGCCGACCGGCAAGAAAUCUAAUCCCUCCCAGAGCUAUCGAUAAGGGCUGACCCCUCCCAUCGUGAACCUCCACUCACAAUCGACUUUCCCUCGCACGGAUUCUCAACCUGCAACAACCCCUGCCGGUGCGGGGUCGGUAGCUGCACCAUCAGUCAGAUAAUUCCCAGGA